AUGUAUAUCGAAUCGCAGCCGAAUUGGGAAAGUCAGCACUUCGGCCGCACUCGUAACCGUAGCUCCGACCCGAUCGUCGAUCAAGUUGAAUCAGCAGUCCAGCGAUCGGAUUACACGACACAGCCGCCGUCGGACUGCUUCGUACACGCGAAGUUCCAAGGCCCGUACGAAUCGCCGGAAUUGCUUUCGAGCUCAAGGCAGGUCGACUUGAUGGUGAUUAGG